GCGCAGCGAUCGGAUGGCGGCCACUAUCAGCCUGUUCGAUUUGGUCAAUCUGAGCAUCGGGCACCCCGGGCCCGGUGCAGUGAAUUUCACGGCCCUGCACUCGUUAUUGCACGCCGUGUUGCAGCACCUGGGCAUCCAGCAGGUGCUGACAGAGCGGCAACCCGAGUUGCUCGGCGCCGAGCCCGCGCCCGCGCCCUCUGCCUCUCCCUACCGCCAGCUGGAGCAGCAGCUGCUGCGGAUGGAGCGGCAGGUGGAGGAGCUGACACGCCUGCCCAGCGCCCUGGAGCUGCUGCAGCGCAGCCGGCAGGACGGCAAGGCCGUGAGCGACGUCUGGAACCUACUUCAGCUCCGCAAGAGCACUGAGCUCAACCGGGAAGGUGUGGACAAGGGCAACACCACCACCCCCCCCACUCCCCUGCUUUCCUGCCUAUUCUUUCGAUAUGCUGUGUAUCCUUGAACAUUAACCUCCCAGCGUUUUGUUUAUGAUACAUUGUUUGCAGCUGAACACAAAUAUAACUUCAGUCUACUUGUAUCAUGUAGGAAUUUGGAGAAACAAGAAAUUAACUUUUAUUGAAUAUGAUGAUUUAAUUUUUGUUUGUACUCUGUAUCUGAUACUUUUUACUUAACUGUCCAACAAUAAUCAGCUAGCAUUGAUGGAUUCCAAUUCCCCCGAUAUGACUUCUUCAUGAUCCCAAAGUCCUGGUGAAACCUUUCACCAUGCUCAUCACUGUCAGUGCCAAGGUUUUGCAGGGAAGAAGUCUAAACGGGAGCACAGAAAGUGAAUCUAUAGUGACGUGUUGCACUUCAUGGUUUUUGUAUGCUUGAAGCAUGUUGUC